GGGCCCGCGCCUCCGGCCAGGGGGGGGCGGCUGCCAGUGGCCCCCCCCCUCCCGCGCGCGCGCGCGUGCGGGCGCCGGCCCGCCAUGGCCUUCGCAGCGCGCGCCCCCGGCCGGUGAGGAUGGCCGCCCCUGGUGACCCUGCCGCCAGCGCCAGCGUGAUACAGUGCGAGGUGACCCUCGUGCACGAGCACGCGCGCUCCGUCCGAAGGUCUACGCUCCGCGUUGGGGACGUGCUGCGGAUCGGGCGGGGCCCCGACAACGACGUGGUGCUCAAUUUCGAGGGCGUCUCGGCCUACCACGCCGAGCUGUUCCUGCGGCCUGGCGCCACGGGGCAGGGCCUCUGCGUCCGGGACAACUCGAAGAACGGCACCGGCGUGAAGCCAGGGCCGUCCGGCCCGGCGGACAGGGAUCGAGCGCGCUCCUCCCCUGCAUUCGUGCGCCCUGCAGGAGGAGGAGGAAGAGCACAGCUACGUCCCAUGCAGCGUCGGAUUGACCUUGACUUCCUGUCCCGCGGGCCGCCCGAAGACCUGGCGACGCGCCUGCGGGCGCUGAGCUCCCGCAGUGCUACGUGGC